AUGUUGAUGAAGCCUGCCGUGCUUCGCAAUACGGCGAGACAUUCGACCCAGACAGAAUGGGUGCCACUCGAUCCCGAGUCUCUCGUGGCUGCGCCUUGUUUGAUUGAACAAACGUUGUGCGUAGCGGACGAAAGCGUACAUCAACCUCGUCGAGCAAAAGACUUUCACUACGCCAAGGCUGUGCUGGAUGCCUGGAAACAGCAAGAAUUGGAUGAAGGGGAUUCCGUUUGGUCCGCUGAAACGUGUCGCGUCCAAUAUGCGGCCACAUACGGAAGCGACAGUGAAAGAGAUCCAAACCCCGGGAAACAGCCAUCAUUACUUCACGGACAUUUGAUACGCAAAGGCAGCAGUGGCGCGUUAGGUACGCAAUCCAGUACACCCCGUCCUGGUAUUUUGUUUUUUCAUACGGGCGCCGGUCCACAAGACUUAUUUUUGUUUUGGAAAGCGGUUGCGUUGGUCCAAAAGUUGGACUGUGUCGUCUUAAUAGCUGAUAUUUUGGGAGAUGAAACGGGUUGGGCCUGGGACGCCGAUCGGAGCCGGUACCAGCAAGCUCGGGAACACGUGCUAGCCCAGAAGAACACCGACGACCCCAACGACGAUGAGUCACGAUCACGACCUGAACUGCGAGCACGUAUUCGAGCAGCGCUCGAUGUGUUGGGGAAACAAGAUGAAAUCGAUACGGAUCGAUUGGGUGCCAUGGGAUGGUGUUUGGGAGGAUAUCCUAUUCUCGAGCUAGGACAAAUGAAUCUUCCCAGCGUCAAGGCCAUGGCCGCAUUUCAUGGCGUCUUUGGCGAAGAUGAACGGGCCCACGGCAGCAAUCUGCCUUCACCGGAGGGUUCAGCUUCAGGGGAAGGUACGGCUGAUAUCAUCAUUUGCCACGGAGUUGAGGAUCCGUUCGUGUCGAACCAGUCGUUAGAAUAUGCUUUAGAAACACUUCAAGCGCAUCGCCAUCGGACGUCCCUGUUACAACUUUCGGCCAAACACGGAUACACUAACCCAGCGCAAGAUUUCAAUGACAAUGACGCCUUUGCGUACAACGCCGAAGCCGCCAAUAAGGCUUGGAAUCAAGCGGUCAACCUAUUUGUGAGAACAGUGGGUGGCUAA